CGCGUCCGUCUGCAUCCCGCCCAGCAGCAACCACGGCCGUCCCCGUUUCCCAGCAAGGAACUGCCUCCCAAUUGGGUCCUGGCCCUGUGACGUCACUAGCCGGCCGGCUCCUUACCUCGGAAGCGAGCCAAGAUGGCGGAGGUCAGUCGUGGAAGGGCGGCCUGGUUGGGCCGCUGAAGCCGGCGGCAUCACAUGGCCUUGUUAAGGGGUCUGAACAAGGGGACGGCGGCCCCACUGCUGUGGGCGCCCCGGGCGGUGCUCUCCCGCCCGCCCCAGACGGCGGGCCUUUCGGGGACCGAAUCCGGGGGCGGCACAGGCCGGCCAGGCUCCAGUCCGCAGGACUUGUACGACCUGCUGGGGGUCUCCUCGGGGGCCACGCAGGCGCAGAUCAAGACGGCAUACUACAAGCAGUCUUUUCUGUACCACCCGGACCGCAACGCCGGCAGCGAGGAGGCGGCGCGACGCUUCACCCUCGUCAACGAGGCCUACCUGGUGCUGGGCAGCGUCGCCCUCCGAAGGAAGUACGACCGCGGCCUGCUCAGCAGGGAGGACCUGCGCACUGCCGGGAAGCCCUCGGGCAAGACAGCAGGGUCGACCACCACCACCGCUUCAGCCACAAGGACGCAGCCCUUUGCCUCCACGUGGCCCCAGAACAAGCCCAUAUUCGACUUUGACAAGUUCUACCAGGCCCACUAUGGGGAGCAGCUGGAGCGCGAGCGCUUCAUCCGCGAAAAGCGACGGGAGAUGCAGAAGCGCAAGGCCGAGAUGGAAAACAUGUGGCGACGGGAGCACCUGCAGGAGUUGCUGGUCGCCAUCACUUUCUUGUCAACUCUGAUCCUCCUGGUCAGCUUCAAGUGAGCAAGGAGGAGGAGAAGCUGGCAUGGCCAGGUGUUACUUUGGGCUUGCCACUCCUGGGGGACUUCCUCCUGGAGCAGGCAGAACCGGCUAGGAGAAGCAUGUCCUCCCCAAAGGCUCUGGCUUCAAGGGGUACACAAAGCGUCCCUCAUGAAGGCUGAUGCGGGCUCCCACCAGGGCCAAGCUUGGAGGGAUCUCUGCUUUCCUACAUGCCUCACUGUAAUCACCCAGAGAACACAACAAACAAUCUCAGAAGGAUUUGGAGUCUUGCCAACCAACCCCUCCCUACACAGUGCUGGGGAGCAAGACUCCAGAUGCCAGUUCCAAUGAUAAUAAAACCUUUAAAACGUGCUUUACUUUGCCUUAGAAAUCAUACCCCUAUCAUCCAAUUAUUGUUGGCAUGGAAUUGGUUGCCUCAGCUGUUUUAUUUGGAUCAAAGUGCAAGUGGGUUUAAUUUCCCACACCUAAUUGUACUGUAAGAAGUAGAUGGUAUUUAUGUAUGUAAAUGUAUUGGGCAUGGUGCUUCAGUUAGCAGGUGUCAUCUCUGUAGCUUGAAAUUCUCCCUUCCUCUGGGUGGGUGGGGGAGGGAGGGAUUUCAGGUCUACCUUUCCUUUCUUUCAUAGAGAUUCUGCUGACUCAUUGGGGUGUCCCCUGCACUUGGGCCCAAAAAAGCUGCUCCACAACUUGGGCACUUAACAAACCUCUUUGUUUUGAUAAAGGAUGCAUCUGAAGAGAAGAAAGUUCUCAUUUGGAGACUUUGUGGUGGCUUCUAAUAGUGUUGGAGGAAAUGCAUUCUCUUUUAUGGGGUAAACUGCUGUAGGAUUCACUCUUGCAGUUUGGAAUGUAAUGACGUGGCCACGGUGUUUUGAUCUGUAUAUCCAAAGGAUUCAAACCAAUCAUGUGAAUGAUAUUUAUUUUAAUAUGCUGUAUAAAGACACACAGAAACAUUUA